AUCUAAGCCCAAAAUCAUUCCACCCACAUACAGGAAAUACAAUAGGUGUCCAAACAUCACCAACAACUACCCAACACCAUUGGUACAGAAACCCAUCUUCAGAGAUACCGUGGAGUCCCCACAAUUGGGAUGAGAACUCGACCCAAACCAUGACGCCACUCAACUUCGAGGAUACUUCUAGUAUUGAUACCUUUCCCCUGGCCACCUUUCACACAGACUCUCUACAACCAGACACAACAACAACACCUGACUGGCAGAGACUCAACACAAUCAUAAAUCAACGAUCCAACAGAGCUCGCCACAACCAGAACCCUGCUGUCACCGAAAAAAUUCUUCGAGCUACCAACUACCAUUGGGUAGCAGGACAACUCGAGCAUCCCCUAACUCGAACCAACUAUCAUUGGGAAGUUCCGUGCCAAACCAUCUAUGUGCCUACUCCAACAGAUAUCGUCCCUUUGGAUGACAUCUCCAUGAGCAGCCUAGACACAUUGGUUUCCACUACAAUGAUGACUGACGACCAUUCUUUGCAAGACACCUUCAGCAUUUCCACAAUCUCCGACUUUAGUUUCGAAGAACACAACAACCCUGGCUUCACACACACCACACCACCUCACGAUAAUGCGAUGGGCACAACCGACAUUGUCACUACUCCAAUACACCCAGAACCUACAAAUCUCUCCCUUACGGAUGAGGUACACCGAAUAGUGACAGGAACCAGCCAAAAGUUUGUCCCCCACCCUCCUUUUGAUGUCGUAGCUACAGAUGCCUUCAAAGGCCUCAAACGUUUUGCUACCACAGUCCGCCUCAAAGAAGAUUUCAUCAACCAACAAAAACAAAAACACGAACAACUCAACCAACCAACAUCCAAUUCUAGCUCUUUCCAUCUAUCUCUGCACUACAGUUGGUCUCAAAACAACCUCAAACCCACCCGCUGUUGUGGACAGCACAAGGCAGCCAUGACUUGGAAUUGUUCCUCAAAGAUCUUAAUAGAGCAGUGCUCAAUAUGGUUUAUGCUACCAACACAUUACUUCUCUGACCCAACCACCCAGACAUCCACACAUGCAACACUUCUCAAAACAAUCCAGAUAUUGUAG